UGAGAUUGGUUCAUGUUUUAUUAAUCGAUCCAUUUUCUUCUUCGUUUCUUAUAUAUUGCGUCUUGUAUAAGCACAAAAUCAAUAUUUAUAAUUCGCCAACACGUAAUGAAAGUUCAUUGAAAUUCACGAGUUAUUUAUUAUGUGUUUAUUAUAGACAAAAUUCUUAACGAAAGGAUGAAAUGCCGUGAUAUAAGGAUCGUUAAAUGCGUUUAAUAUAAAACGAAGCUGUAAAACUUUCCAUGCAAAUGUGGAAGAAAGAGAAGUUAGAUCACCGAAGGAAGAUUUUGUUUCCAUCAAAGGAAGACCAUCGAGAUGAAUUCAUACAUCAUUGUCGUGUCCGUGUUCGGAAUGUUGACUGUGGCUUUAGCAUCGCCCGUACCUGGUCAUCAUGGCCACUCUCAUCAUGUAAUUCAUGUACCGUAUCACGUUCAUACGGUUCAUCAUCAUCACGUGAAAAAGAUUCACGUACCAGUUCAUCAUGUUAAAAAGGUACCAGUACCCGUACCGAUUCCGAUACACCAUGUGGAAAAGGUUCAUGUACCAGUACCUGUAGUCGAAAAAGUUCAUGUACCUGUACCAGUAGUUGAAAAAGUUCAUGUACCUGUUCAUGUACCAGUUCACGAAGAAAAGUCAUGGUGGUAGACAGAAUCUCUAAUGUUGUUAUUCGUUUGUUUUUGAUCGUUAGAUUAUAUAAUUUAGAAUUAUAGGAGAUGCGUUCUUUGAUCUCCGAAUAAUAAUAUAAGGAAAGAAACGAGUCAACGUUUCUCGUAAAAUACUCAUCGCCAAAAUACUUAUCGAAAGAAAGAUCAGUACAAAAUAGAUAUCGAUUUAUCAAUAGGAUAUAUAAAACCUUGGAUUACUACCAGGGGAUGGAAUAUGUGUGUGUUCAACAUGAAGAUUAAUUAAUAUAUGUACAUAUGCUUUUGCGUUGUGUUAUCCA